AUGGUGAUCUUGCAUGAUCAAGCAUCCACGGGGCCUGACGGCCUAUGGGCAACAGAGAAGCCGCAGAGAGGAGCAAGAGGCAGAGGUAGCAGCCAGAGGAUCUGGGAAAGGCUUAGUGUGAAGGAUCCAUAUUCCACACUCAUUAGGGAUCCUUCCCAACAAGUGGUAUCAGAAUAUGUAGUUGUUCAGGUUGCUGCGGCUAAAAGGCUUCAUGGAUUUCAUGUUCACGCUCUUGGUGAUACCAUCAAUGGUUGCAUGUCUACUGGGCCGCAUUUUAAUCCUGCUAGGAAGAAAGAUAGGGCAUCUGAAGAUAUGAAUCGCCAUGCUGAUGAUCUUGGAAAUGUGAUUGGUGAUGAAGAUGGGACUGUUAAUUUUAGCAUUAUUGACAAGCAGAUUCUUCUCAAUGGACCAAAUUCUAUUAUUAAAAGGGUUGUUAUUGUCCAUGCCGAUCCCGAUGACUUCGAAAAGGAUAAACUUUAUUCCUUAGAUAUUUAUGUUAACUUCAUAUUUCAUUAA